AGAAAGAGUUCUUUAGAGAUAAGAAGAUUCGAUGGUGGCGUGCUCCGUGGCGGUUGGUAGGCUGAGUAGGCUACCAAAAUGGCUUCAAGGUUUCUUUAAAAGAAUGCCCUUGCAUUAGCUAACUCCCAAGUAGUAUGGGCAGUAUGGGGUACUGGAAAACAGGAAAUGUUGGCUAGGAAUAAUUGAGAAGUUUAUCUUUUUCCCAACCCAGAAUAGGACCAGCCACCGAUAGACUAGUGCUCCCCACGCGUUUCUGGCUCAUGACGAGUCAGGCCAUUCACCGCUCAGCCCACAGGAUUCCGCCUGCAUGUACAGGGACUUGACGUCUUCACUGGCCAAUAAUGGAUGAUAAGGGUUCCAUACUAAAAACACUUACAGCUCAAGACCGAGUCCCGACCCGGCUUGGCGCCUUUGCUCAUCGUCCACCCCGAACGCCCCCGAAAGUUUCUGUGAAGUUUCUGCGAGAUUGAUAAACCACUUACUGCCUCACCAUUGGGGCGUUCGAGACCUGCAGCUUAGACUUACAUGCCCUGCUGAUCUUCAACUGUUCCUAGACGAACUAGCUGCCGCGAGAUCAAGAUGACUACCACUCAGCUUCCCGUGUCGGACUCUGAUAAGUACGAUUAUGUAGUCGUCGGCGGAGGCACAGCCGGCUGUGUCGUCGCCGCCAGGCUCGCGGAGCAUCUCCCGCAUAAAAAGGUGCUCCUCAUCGAGGCCGGUCCUAGCGAUUUUAUGGACGACCGCGUCCUCGACCUCAAGCAGUGGUUGAACUUGCUGGGUGGUGAGCUAGACUAUGACUACGGCACCACUGAGCAGCCUAUGGGCAACUCUUUUAUCAGGCAUUCUCGAGCAAAGGUGCUGGGAGGUUGCUCUUCACACAACACCUUGAUUUCUUUCAGGCCAUUCAAAUAUGAUAUGGAUAUAUGGCAAUCGUUGGGAGCACGUGGCUGGACCUUUCCCGUAUUCAUGAAGGCGAUGGAUAAGUUGAAAAAUACUAUUCAACCAGUUCACCAAAAACAUCGCAACCAACUGUGCAAAGAUUGGGUCAAUUCGUGCAGCUCAGCACUAGAUAUCCCGGUGAUCGACGACUUCAACAAGCAAAUUGCGCAAACUGGAUCGCUGAAACCCGGUGUUGGCUUUUUCUCGGUGAGCUACAACCCAGAUGAUGGAAGACGGUCCAGCGCAUCUGUUGCGUACAUCCACCCUAUUCUAAGGGGUGAAGAGAAGCGACCGAAUCUGACGAUCCUGACUAAUGCUUGGGUGUCGAAAAUCAAUGUUAGUGGUGAUGCUGUGGAGAGCAUCAGCUUAGGAUUGAAGGAUGGCUCUUCACGUGCCAUCAAGGCAAAGUCUGAGAUUAUAUUGGCCGCCGGAGCCGUAGACACGCCUCGACUUAUGAUGCUCUCGGGUAUUGGUCCCAAGAAGCAACUGUCCGACCUUGGUAUCCCCGUCGUCCGCGACAUUCCGGGUGUUGGCGAGAAUUUGCAGGAUCACCCCGAAAGUAUUAUUAUGUGGGAGCUGAAGAAGCCCGUCCCGCCAAACCAGACGACUAUGGACUCUGACGCGGGAAUCUUCCUGCGUCGCGAGGCACCGGGAGCCGGUUCUAAGAAAUCCGCCGCAAACCCGCAAGGCCUUUCUGACGGAGAUAUUAUCGAUGUUAUGAUGCAUUGCUACCAGAUUCCAUUCACAUUAAAUACUCUUCGCCUAGGAUAUCCCGAUAUUCCGGACGGAUACGCUUUCUGCAUGACGCCAAACAUCCCGCGACCACGCUCCCGAGGUCGACUAUACCUGACUUCGGCAGAUCCGAAGGUCAAGCCGGCUCUUGACUUCCGAUACUUCACCGACCCUGAAGGGUAUGAUGCGGCCACUUUGGUAUUCGGCAUGCGAGCAGCGCGCAAGGUUGCGGAGCAGGCACCGUUCAAGGACUGGAUUAAGAGGGAAGUUGCCCCGGGACCUCAAGUCCAGUCUGAUGAGGACCUGAGCUACUAUGCGCGAAAGGCAGCGCACACCGUCUACCACCCUUGCGGAACGACCAAGAUGGGUGACACCACGAAGGAUGAGUUGGCCGUCGUUGACGAGAAGCUAAAGGUUAAGGGAUUCAAGAACCUACGCAUUGUGGAUGCGGGCAUAUUCCCAACUAUUCCAACUAUUAACCCCAUGUUAACCGUACUGGGUGUUGCUGAAAUCGCCGCCGACAUGAUCAUCCAGGAGUCCAAUUCCCAGAAGGAGAGAGCUAGGUUGUGAUCAAGUUGGAUAUUUUAUUUGUGUACGAUUGAAUUUCUUCAUGCUUUGAUGAGGCUCGUUGGCGCGAAUUGGAUAUGAGCGUGGCCGCUGAACUUGGUGCAGGCUGUCAUGUUAUCGACUAUAUUAUAGCAGAUUAUGCAUUACAAAUAGUGUACAUAGAAAAAAGAAUGUGCUUAGAAGUGUAGCCUAGAGCGUUGAGAAUCGAAAUUGAUAUGAUCAUUGCAUUCUUUCCCUUCAAUGUUCCUUAAAUUCAAGAUUCGGAGAGCACAGG